UCACUUUUCUGUCCUGUUUUGAAAACACCUCUUUGCUACAAAAUCUUACACAGCUUUGCCACUUGUUUCACUCCUAUUUCAACUGCUCCACAGACAUGCUAAUUGAAUUAGCAGCCACUGAGACAUGACUGAACACAGCUUGCUUUGCCUAAUUGGCUCAAAUUCUCCCAACCCUCGAUUGGUUGAGAAGCUGUUUUUUUUCCCCAACUGGGAGCUGUGGUGAGGGAGUGUGUGGAGGGCUCUACCCCUUUUAACUUUUGUUUUCCAAAAGGGCGGGGGGAAGGGAAUAAACUCUUUAACCUAAGACGUCUUUGGAACCUGGCCCUAGGACAAUGAGCAGACCUGCCUUCCUGAGAAAUUGUUACUGCAGAUAGAGUUGUCAGUCAGUAAGGUCUGCCCACUCUGGGGCCAUUAAACCCGCCCUCCUUUCCUUCCAGAGAUGGAGAAGCUAGUUAGAGAGAGAAUCAGCUUGUUAGCCGAGCACCCUGUGGAGAGGGGUAACCCACAUUUAUCCUCAGCUGGGGCCAUCUUCAUCAUGCUGAAAUCAGCCCUGGGAGCAGGACUUCUCAAUUUCCCGUGGGCUUUCAAUAAGGCUGGAGGGAUCACAACAGCUGUGCUUGUGGAGCUGGGAUCAUUAAUAUUCCUAAUCAGUGGCCUAGUAAUCCUGGGAUAUGCCUCCUCCAUUAGCACUCAGUCGACAUACCAGGGUGUUGUCAGAGAGAUCUGUGGAUCGGCCAUUGGGAAACUCUGUGAAAUAUGCUUCAUUUUAAACCUCUUCAUGAUCUCCGUAGCCUUUCUCAGAGUUGUGGGUGAUCAGCUGGAGAAAUUAUGUGACUCCUACCUGAACGAGACAGUGAGUGAAGGAGGGCCACCUCCCCAGCAUUGGUAUAUGGAUCAUCGCUUCACCCUGACUACUCUUUGUGUCCUGGUCAUCUUUCCUCUGUCUGUACCUAGAGAGAUUGGCUUCCAGAAGUACUCAAGUGUCCUUGGUACCUUGGCGGCGUGCUAUCUGACCCUGGUGAUUGUAUUAAAAUACUACUUGCGACCAGAGCAUAUUAUCAUGCACGAAAACCAUUAUGCCUCAAGGGCUUCUUCCUGGGCUUCCAUGUUCAGUGUCAUCCCAACCAUCUGCUUUGGAUUUCAGUGCCAUGAAGCCUGUGUUGCCAUCUACAGCAGCAUGUACAACAAGAAACUCUCCCACUGGAUUAUGGUGUCUGUACUCUCCAUGAUCAUCUGUUUGCUCAUUUAUUCCCUUACAGGACUGUAUGGCUACUUGACAUUUGGUGGUGAUGUUGCUGCUGAUAUUCUGAUGUCCUACCCAGGAAAUGAUGUGGUUGUCAUCAUUGCUCGCCUACUCUUUGGUGUCUCCAUUGUUACCAUCUACCCCAUCGUUGUCCUCUUGGGAAGGUCUGUCCUACGGGAUGUCUGCCUGAACUCCAAGUGCAGCUACAUGGUGAUCAUGGAACCUUAUGAGAGAUGGACGAGGAUCAUGCUGACUAGCACAUGGAUCAUAGUCACGCUCAUUAUUGCUUUGUUUGUCCCUGACAUUAGUGAAGUCAUCAGUAUUAUUGGUGGCAUCAGUGCAUUCUUCAUCUUCAUCUUCCCAGGGCUGUGUCUGGUUUGUGCAAUGGAAACUGAACCCAUUGAACCACGGAAAAAGUCCUGUUUAAUUGUCUGGGGGGUCAUCUCUGUCUUCUGUGGAGCUUUCAUCUUUGGCCAAAGCACAACUAUUGCCAUCAUGGAGUUGUCCUAUAAACUCUAGGUGCUUUUAGCAAGGAUACUCGCAACUUGAUCUCCUGUAGUCUGGUCCACUGUGACCAGCUUGGUGCUAUUUGUAAAGAAUAACACCCCUCCAUAGAGGACAGUUUGGAGCAUCAUUUCCAAGUGAUUGACAGGAGUGCCUUCCUUUGUAAUUUAAUAAAUCCUUUUUAGCUUUUUAACAAAAUAAAGACUGAUUUUACACAAUGUGUCACUUUUUCCUGUCUGGUAGGUCCUAGAGGUCUAUAUGGUAAGUGACAGACCUCUUCAUUCAGUACAGCGUGUGCCUGAUAAAUUUUGUACUAAUAUACAUAUGCCACACCAUUAUCACCUCAUAGAAAAUGAUUCUGUGCAGUAAGAAGGCAACAGUUUACCAGAAAGUCAUGAAUUUCCCAGCUGUCAUCAAAUUAUUUUAAUGCAAAUAUUUUUCUUCCAGGACCGCAGAAAUCUUUCUUACCAUUUCCCUCCUGAGGAGCAGGAAGAUAGAAUAAACCACUGCAGCUUCCCAAUGAGAUUUUAUUUGGUAUCUCUAGUACUUAACUGUACAUAUUCUAAUAUUAAAUUGCUUAUAUGUUGCUUAAUACUGAUACCCUGUAGUGUGCUACGGUUUUAGAGCCAGGUACAUUUGCUGACAUACAUAGAGAAUAAUAUCAAACAUUAUAGUCAAAAGUGAAGAAAUAAGCAAGCCUGCAUCUCAGAGUUGGUUCCCCUGCAGUAGUUCCCAUUAAAAACAAAUAAAAAAUGCACUAAACUUAGUAAAGGAACAGAUUGCUACUUUCUACAGCAAGAAGGCAUCUAUUGUACAUCAAGGCUUAGUUAGCAUGCACUGGCUUUAAAGUGAAGGAAACUUCAGUCUGACACAGGAACUGGAGAAGAGGAGGAAAAACAGUUUUCAUUUUCCUCCUGAUUACACAGGACAAAACCAAUGAUUAAAUUAAAAAUCUAAAAAUGGUGCAUCAAUUCUAAGGCAGAGUGGCUCUCCUUCUCAAGUUAGGCCUGUUCCACUAGGUAGCUCUGAGCUGCUGAUACCUCACAGCUGGAUUUAUUUCACAAGUAACUGGCAAAGCUGAGUUCUAGAGAAAGGGUACAGAUUGCGUUGCAAAAUGUAUUCGUACAAGCCUACUAGAUGAAAAAACUAACGUAUCUGGAACAAAACUUUCUGAGUAGAAGUGGCUUCUUCUGGCCUCAUCACAGGAAGGGCUGGCCAGACUGAA